UACGCGGGUUCUACUGUAUGGCUGUUCGUUCGACACGUUCGCGAUGAGUGAAUUGAAUCUGGUGCCAAAUUUGCAGCACCUUAAAUUUCACGACACUCCAUUGAAAAAUGUCUAUAAUGCAACAUUUCGAUUUCCCAUGGGCGUGCAAAAGUUAUCGUUCUUGAAGUCCAGAAUGACCUCGAUUCCUCAAGCGAUCUUUUCUAUUGACGCUCUUCAAAGCCUAAGCGUUAAGCAUACUGUGAUUGGAUCUAAUGGUUCUUUCUCAAUUGUUGCUGCAAGCCCUAUAAAAAACAAUUCGAUAACAAAUUUGAACUUGAAAGGUACAGCGCUCUAUUCGUUGGCUGAUCGUGCCUUCUGCAGCUUUCCUAUGCUUGAAAACCUGAACUUGCAACUUUGUUCAUUAAAAGCAAUGUACGGCUCCCCUUUCAUCUGUCUCCGACGCCUACGGAAUCUAAAGUUAAAAAACAACGAACUCACAACAAUAACGAAGGAAAAUUUCCAAGGACUGGUGAGCUUAACGGCACUGAAGCUUACCAAAAAUAGGAUAGCAUUUCACGAUCCUACGCCGGUGUUCGCUCCGCUAGCCAGUCUGGACAUUCUCCAUCUGGGCGAUAACAGGAUUGACGUGCUCUUCCCGGAAAUGUUCGUCAAUCUUCCAGUGACGAAGCUCACGCUGGCACUCAACUACAUAUCGGGGUGGGCGGCACCCAUCUUCUCCCGCAUGACAUAUCUCGAUCACUUACGCCUGGAUGGCAACAAGAUUCACGUCUUAAACGACACCAUGUACAACGACGUGGCCAACGUGUCGAACGUUCACAUCUGUUACAACCCUUGGGAUUGCACCAAUUGUGACAUUAAGAACGUGCAGCUGUUCCUUCUCGAAACCGGCCGUAACCACUGCUGCGUAGACUGUGCCGUCUGCAGCGCCCAUCAGAAGUCACUGUCCAAUAUCCUCGUCGUCGACGCCGCUCCUCGUACUGAACAGGAAUGCCGACCGCCAGACUACUACGUCACGAUAGGCGUGCCGAUCAUUAUGAUCUUUCUGUUCGGCUCAGUGACAUCAUACGCCGUGUACACGAAAAGGUGGUACAUUCGCUACUUCCUGCUCUUCCUCCGCAUCAAAGCGAAGGCUUACCGGAGAAUGCAUUCUGCCGACCACUUCCUCUGGGACGCCUUCGUCUCGCACCACAAUGCGGAUGCCGAAUGGGUGCGCGAGCAGAUUGUUCCCACCCUGGAGUCGACGGUGUUUCGGUUCCGUUUGUGUGUCGCGGAACGGGACUUCAUUCCAGGACUGCCCAUCGCUGAGAACGUGUGCCGCAGCAUAUCGCAGAGCCGUAAGUCGUUGUUCGUGCUGAGCAGGCAGUUUUGCGAGAGUCGCUGGUGCAUGUUCGAGCUUACUAUGGCGCAGCAUCGCCUGUUCGAGUCGGAACGGGAGAACCAGAUGAUCUUCAUACGCCGGGAACCAAUGGACGACUCCUCGCUGUGCCCUCUGCUGAGCUACCUGCUAAGGACGAAAACCUACGUCCAAGCACCGCCCGAGGACGCCGAAGAAAGUGUACGCGACUAUUUCUGGCUGCAGCUUCGCGCGGCCCUAGAGUGGUAAAUAGCGCUCUUUAACACGCCAGUUACUCUCUUACCUUCUACGCCAUAACCUGUACUUGUAUGCCUGAUAUUGUGUGGGCUCACUUCCCGGGGGCUGACGACUGUGGCUGCAAGGCAGUAAGGGAAAACUAGGGCAUUAUAAUCUGGUGCUGCUGAUGUAAACCUGCAGCACUGCGCUGUAGUUGCCACAGAUACUUCGGUAUCCUUACUCCCGUUAACAUGGAAACUAAUGCGUUAUUGAGUCGACCUCAGCUGCGGCCGCUUGAUGAUGCGUUUCCAUCGGGUGGCCGUGCCUCAACAAAAGUGUGCC